AUGCAUUACUCUACCCUUCCCCUCGUCGCCGUCCUGGCCACCGCCGUCUCGGCCCACGGUGUCGUCACCUCCAUCCAGGGCGCCAACGGCGUCACCAUGCCCGGCCUGUCCGCCGACACCGCCAUCAUCCGCGACCGCGAGAUCAACUCGGGCAGCUGCGGUCCCCUCGGCCGCACCCAGGGCAACGGCCCCAUCUCCGCCGAGACCAUGAUCCUCAACUUCAUGGGCGAGGGCGCCGCUCCCGCAACAACGGCGCCGCCGAGUCCGUCGGCGUCGAGGACAACAUCCCCGCCAACGCCCGCGGCGCCGCCAACCGCAAGCGCCAGCUCGGUAACUUCCUCGGCCGCCUCACCGGUGGCGCUGCCGGCGGUGCCGGCGGUGCCGGUGGCGGUGCUACUGGUAUUGCUGGCCUCCUCGGCGGCGGUGGCGACCAGAACAGCGGCCCCCGAGUCCGGUGUCGCUUCCAGCGCCGGUGUUGGCGCCAGCGAGGGUCUUCCCACCUGCGCUGAUGAUGGCACCAUCUCCAUGACUUACCGCCAGAUCAACCAAGACGGCGCCGGUCCCCUCGAGGCCUCCAUCGACGCCACCUCGGGUGGCACCGACCCCGAUGCCUUCCAGACCGCCGAGGUCAGCCGCGACGUCCCCGGCCUCGGUGUCCAGGGCAUCUCCCUCGCCACCAACACCGACUUCCCUCUCGAGGUCCAGAUGCCCGCCGGCAUGACCUGCGAAGGCACCGUCGCCGGCGUCGAGAACGUCUGCGUCGUCCGCGUCCGCAACGGCGCCGCCGCCGGCCCCUUUGGUGGCUCCGCCGCCUUCACCCAAGGGAAGCAAAAGAUGCGGGCCAUCAAGGUCAAGGACUCAGAAGUGCAGGUGUAUACUAGCAAGAAUGACAUACUUUGUGAGAGGGGCCCAUAA